UCUCUCUCUCUCCUUCAUCUGUAACAGCAAAAGCUAUGUGCUUGCCCCACUUCAUAAUGCUCAACUGAAUUCAUAGCUUGCAAAGUGUCUAAAAGCUCAAAUAUUUCUGGGGGUUCAUCAAAAAUACUUUAUGAAGUGGUAAGAAUGGGAGCAGCAGUUCUAUUUCAUGUGACUGAAUCAGUAAGCUUUUGAGAUCUGAAGAAAGAAGGGUUACCUCCAUCAGAUUCACAAUGCCAGUUCCUCUUGCUCCUUAUCCGACACCUCCAGUACCUUUUACACCACCUGCAAAUGGUGCUCAGAGCCAGCUUGUUUGCUCUGGAUGUCGAAACCUCUUACUCUACCCUGUCGGAGCAACCUCUGUAUGCUGUGCUGUUUGCAAUGCAGUCACAGCUGUGCCACCUCCUGGCACCGAAAUGGCACAGUUGGUUUGUGGAGGCUGCCACACAUUACUCAUGUACAUACGUGGGGCAACAAGUGUACAAUGUUCUUGUUGUCAUACCAUCAAUUUAGCCUUGGAAGCAAAUCAGGUAGCACAUGUUAAUUGUGGGAACUGUCGGAUGCUGUUGAUGUACCAGUAUGAAGCACGAUCGGUAAAAUGUGCAGUCUGCAAUUUUGUGACAUCAGUUGGGGCAUCAACUAGCACUACUGAACAGAAAUUCAGCAGCUAAACUUUGAAACAAUUGAGGUCCCCAUGACAAAAUUUGUCAAUUUCAGUUUUUCAUCUUGCAGUGUUCCGGCUACUGGCAUGUAUAGAGUUAUUUUUUUUUUCCUUGCGUGAGUUUAUUAAGAAUAAGCAGUUUUGUGAGUUUGAAUGUAUUAUAUGUAUUCUAAGCAAAGACUUUUCAAACUGUGGGGCUGGAUAAGAAAAACUUCAAUUUCAUUCACUAU